UCCAGCCGUCAGAGUUCCACAACCAGCAGCUCCGCAUUGGAAAGCUCCGGGGCGUGGCUGACGUCAGAAGGGUCCUGUGUUCGGCUGCUGGCCGUGGAACUCACACGGCUGGAGAUGGAACAAUAGCCUUCCGAUGCCGACCUGCUGGCUGUGUCCAUGGAACUGGAGACUGAAGCUAUAAUGGGAAGGACAUGGAAGCAGUGAGCUCCCUCUUCCUCUGCUCCGGAGGUCCCUGCCCCACCCCAGCCGCUCCCUGCCGACGGCUGAACCGGAAAAGCAUCCUUCGCAAACGCAGCCAGUGCUCACUCCUGAGGUGCUUCUGCCCGAGGGCUGGAAGCAGACACUGCCCAGAGAGCAGCAUCAGUGGGUCAGCAGAGAGCAGUCCGGGACGCCGGCACUGACAAAGAAUCUCCGUGUGUGGGCUGGUCGCCUCCUGGACCCCGGCUGGACAUAUUGGAGCAGCUGGACCCCAUCCAUCGGGAGAAGUUCCCAGUGGUCCUGAGUUGAACUGAGGUUUACUGCCAGGAUUUCCCCCCGUUUGGGACUUUGCCCCAUUCCUCGAUGGGUUUUUGAGACACUGCUCCUAUUUAAUGGUCCCUCCCACAAGAGAGGAAGAGAAGCGAGAAGGGAGGGGUAUUUUCUUAUGCUAGGCAAAUACUUAUUGUCAUUUGGAGUCUGUGAUGCCAUCUGUUAACAGCUGGAUUUACCUAUAAGCAUAUCACACUGAGGGCUAUAAACGAUGGAUACUGUCUGGAGAAUUUUCUACCUGCUUGUCACACUGUGUCUAAACAUUGCCUUAACAAAUAAAAUAACUAUACAAGAGGAAGCUGCAACAAAACAGGAGGGCUUAUGUGUCACAAUCAACUGUACACAUGAUUUUCAGGAAAUGAAAUAUAUGCUCUGGUUUAAGGAUGCUAUUUGGAAUGGGGAAAAGUUUGAGGGGACCAUUGUAUACAGUAACAAACCAGAUCAACCUCAGGCUUCUGAGUAUUCUGGAAGAGUGGAAUUCCUUUCUCAGGACCAGGGUUCCUGCAGUUUAAGGAUUAAUCAUUUGCAAAAGAAUGACAGCGGUGCAUAUCAGUUCAGGCUCAUAGAUCAAGGAUACAGGUACAUGAGUAAAAUGAAUAUGAGUCUGACAGUGAAGGACAAUCCCUGCAAGAUCGACCUUAAGUCAUCUGGACCAGUCAAGGAACAUGAUACUGUGACAUUGCGCUGCUCAACAUCAAAGCAGUGUGGAUUUGCACCUGAAUGGGACCCGUCCAGCAUAAAUGCACCAAUUUCCGUCACAGAUGAUAAACAUAUCAGUGAGCUGAAGUUGAACGUGAGCUGGUUGGACAAUGGGAGAACGUUAUCAUGUCAUCUAGCGAAAAGCAAAGAUGGCUGUCUGGCCCGGAAUGUCACUCUGGCAGUGGAAUAUGCACCCAAAGAUACAAAAGUAGAUGUAAAAUCUAAGGAUGUGAAAGAGGGAGAAAGUGUCACCAUCUCCUGCUCAAGCAAAGCCAACCCAAACGCUGCCUUCACAUGGUUUAAAGUCAAUCAAAGCGAACCCUUCCUAUCUUCAGAUAUGUUCACCUUGGACAGUGCAAAACAAAUCCACAGUGGAAUAUACUACUGUCAAGCCAACAACAAAUACGGGAAGGAAGAUUCACAAACAUUUGCAAUCAAUGUUACUUAUGCUCCUAAAGAAGUCCAGGCCAAGUUAGAACCUGCUGAUGUCAAAGUGGGGGACAGCCUUACACUGAAAUGCCUGGUACACGACAGCAAUCCAUCAGUCAUGCCGGGGUCCUUCAGGUGGUAUAAAGAUGGCAGCGACACUGCGAACUACAGUAAUACACUCUUCAUCCAAAACGUAGAGAAAAAGCAUAAAGGAUGGUACCAUUGUCAGGCCAAAAAUUAUGUAGGGGUAGCAGACUCCAACAAAAUUGAAGUAUCUGUAAAGUAUCGUCCACAAGACACUUACAUUGAUGGCAAAGUCACAGUGAAGCUGCACUUAUCCCUAAAUCUCACCUGUGUAUCUGAUGCCAAUCCUGAGCCUAGCGAUUACUCCUGGUUCCAUAAGCCAGAGCAUGGGAAAAAUUAUGUUGAACGUUCACGCACUCUCCGGGAGUAUCUGGUUGAGAACGUGACCAUUCAAGAUGCUGGAUGGUAUAUGUGCAGCCCCAGAAAUGUAAUUGGUAUGGGAUCAAACUCCACAGCGUUCAGACUUAAAGUUCUCUAUGCCCCAAAAUUACCUAAACUGACAAUGGCAAAAGUCUUAAACGAGUAUGAAUUGCUUACUGUUAGUUGCACUGUAGAAAGCUCUCCAGUGGCAAACAUCACGCUAAAUCUCACAAACCCAGGAAAUAAACCUGUAGAGCUGGUCAGGAACCAGAGUAACACUCUCAAGUUCUUUGUUAAUGCAUCCAAGUCAACAGCAGGUCAAUACACCUGCACAGCGCAAAACACAGAGGGAGAAAACUCCAUAACAGAGCAACUGAAGGUUUUGUAUGCCCCUAAAAAUGUACAUGUGCAAACCCAACCUGGGCAAGAGCUGAAGGAGGGAAAUCAUCUGAUGCUCUCUUGUGAAGCCCAUUCGGAGCCCAGCGUGUCCUCGUACACAUGGGAAAAAUUAUCUGAGGCACAUAGAGAGACAGCCGGACAGGGAAAGACACUAACUAUACAUCCACUCAAUGCAUCACACUCUGGGGAUUACAUCUGCAUUGCCAGAAAUAACCUUGGCAUUAAUCAGUCCGCACCAGUUCAUAUCAGAGUCAAGUAUCGCCCAUCCACAAAAAUAAUCCAUAACAUCACAUACAUGUCAUCUAUGUGGGCGCAGACCCUUCCAGUGCAUCUGACAUGUAGUGUGCAGUGUGACCCACCAGCCACAUCUUACGCUUGGUACAGGCUGGAAGACAACACAACAGCCUUGUCUACACAUCAGAACUACACGGUUCACCCUCAAAGCCCAGGAAUCUACUACUGUUCUGCAAAAAACGACAUAGGCAUGGGGACUUCGGAAAGAGUCGAGCUGUUUCUUAACCCUCUUUUAAAGCUCUUUCAGGUGCUGAUUCCUGUAUUUUCCAUCUGCUUUGUGAUUGCUGGCGUGUUUCUGCUGUGUAGAUUCCUCUUGAGAAAAAGAGCUUCUGAACAAGAUGAUAAUAGUUCAUUUUUCUUCUCAGAAACCCUGUCACGAUCUUCUACAGUAGCAAACUUCCUCUCAUUGAUCUCACAAAACAACAAUAGGGAGAACUUGAUGAUGGAAAGAGAAGUGUCAUCUCAACUCAGAGACCAUCAGUCACUGGCUACUGCACUACAUGGUUCACCCAGCAGGGAUACCACAGUCGCAAUUCACACAGUGUAUGAUUUUGCACAGUUGCCACAAACCAUGCAGAAGGGGCUUCCAAGCACAGAGGGCAUUCCAACCACCACCUCUACUAACUUUGCAACCUUGCAGUUCAAGAAUAAAAGUAAUCCGAAUAAAAGUGAACCCAACACAGACAGUGGACCGGUCUACGCUGUGGUUUCCAAAGAUAUGCAAAACACAAAGACUGCAGAAAGUGAUAGUGGCGAUUAUGAAAACAUAUCUGGUGCUAAUGCACAAAAGCCUGCUGCUACAUACAUGAACUGGGAUUCUGACACUAGCGAGGAGGAAGAGGAAGAGGACAAAGUACAAUACUCCACGGUCGUCUUCACCGAAACACCGCGUCCUAACGCGAAGCAAUUUACACCGAAGUCCACUCAAAGCAAUUCCAGUUCUGAUGAGGAAGUCAGAACCGAAUACUCGCAGGUCAAAUGAUUCCUCAAUAUCAGUUAAAAACGCAGCCGAGUCAUCCGCUUAGGUAUUGAUGAAGGAAAUGUGAGGAUAUGUGGGGUGAUAGAAUUUUUUCAUGUGCUACUUUUUUCCCCUUUUUUACUCAGCUUUUACCUGUUUUGUGUGAAGUUUUUAAUGGCGAUAUUGUGUAAACAUUGCCCCACUGCAAAUAAGCACGCCCGAUGUAGAUCAUAUUAGUUUUGUGUGUGUGUGCAUUUUACAAGAUGCUGAUAUGGAAGAUUUCAGUAAUUGUAUAUACAGUUCGUGUUUGACUUUAUUAUGUCAUCAUGUAAUCCAUUAAAAAACAUUUUAACCAGAAAAUAAAGUUUUACAAAAAGCAA